AUGGGAUGCUACCUGUUGCUGCUGCUGCUGCUCCUGGGAACAGCAGGCCAAGGCUCAGCUGACAGUCAUCCUGAGGUGCUACAGGCACCGGUAGGGUCAUCCAUUCUGGUGCAGUGCCAUUACCGGCUCCAGGAUGUGAGGGCUCACAAGGUGUGGUGUCGGUUCUUGCAGGAAGGCUGCCAACCACUAGUGACCUCAGCGGUGGACCGGAGAGCUCCAGGAAAUGAGCGCAUAUUCCUCACUGACAUGGGUGGGGGGCUCCUGCAGGUGGAAAUGGUAACCCUGCAGGAGGAGGACACAGGAGAGUAUGGUUGUGUGGUGGAGGGAGCCGCCGGACCCCAGACCUUGCAUACGGUCUCCUUGCUAGUGCUUCCACUAGUUCCUGGCCCAGAAGAGGGGGAGGAAACGGAGGAAGAGAAAGAAACCUAUAGAACCGGAACCGGAAGUCUGCUGGAGGACGCUUCCUUGGACCCUUUGGCAAGCGCUGGUCCUCCCGAGUUCAGACGGCGUGAGAACAGUAUCCCCCUGAUCUGGGGUGUUGUGCUCCUGCUGGGCCUGCUGGUGGCGGCUGUGGUACUGUUUGCUGUGAUGGCCAGAAAGAAAGGGAACAGGCCUGGUGUCUGUGGUCCAUCCCAGAGCACUGGAGUUUCAGGCAUGGGCCCUUCCUCAGCAGCCCACCAUAGCAGUGACUCUGGACUACCUACGGACAUACCGCAUGUGAGACUCGACUCACCGCCUUCCUUUGACUCUAUCUACAUGGGCUCUUCUCUUGAUCCGCCAUCAAGGAAACCUCCAGCCCCACCCCCACAGCCCCUUCUUCAUCCUAAGGUUCUGAUGUCCUCCAAGCCUGUGACAUAUGCCACAGUUGUCUUCCCGGGAGGGGACAAAGGUGAAAUAGCCUCCUGUGAGCCAGUUUAGGAUCUACCAAACAGUCAAACCCCACCCAGUAAAUAAUAUACCUUAAUUUGUACUCUUGGGGUCACCCCUGGGAAAUUCUCU